AGCUGAUCUGAAUAAUAACCGUGAUAGAAAAUCUAAAUUUAGAGAAAGACCAAUCAUUAACUGAAAUGAAAACAGCUGUGAGUCAUGACAAACCUGAAUGGAUGUGACUGAAGGACAAUUUAAAACAGAACAUGACCGAAAUCCAUAACAUAAUUAACAAAUAACAACCAAAGUCCACAAUCCUAAAACAAGUUGGGUUGGGUCAGAAGUCCCUGCUGAUUUGUUUGCUGCUGAUUUGUUUGCUGCUGAUUUGUUUGAUGCUGAUUUUACUUCUGCUUUGCUUACUCUUCCUCUUCCCGUGAAAAGGUGCAUUCUGACUGAACCAGUUGUUAGUCAUCUCUUUUUCUCCACUGGCGUAGGGUAGUGUUGCUCUUCCCACCACUGGAUUUCAGAACUGCACUGUUGUCACCCAGAUUUAGUCACCUGUUUGUUCCUUUGAGUAGUAGGUGUGGUUCAGACUUUUCAGAAGUUUUCUUUUGGUGAGACUUCUUCGCUGUCAGGUGGACCAUCUUCUCCACAUCUGCCUAGCCUGGUCUUAUAUUUGCAGACAUGUCACGCAUUUCAGAGGAGUGGAGACAAACCAUGACCAAAAUCUUUGAGCUGCUGAGAGAGGAUCAGUACAAGAAGAUGCUGGAAUCUCUCAAGUAUCCUUCAAAAGAAAGGAAAACAGCCAAGUUUAGAAAGGAACUACCUCAAAAAAUAAUAGAGAGUUAUGGAUUAGAGGGGUCCAUCUAUCAAGUCAACAAAGCGAUGAAAGAGAUACCGAGGAACGAUCCAGCUGUUCAAGAGCUGCUGAAGCCUUUUGUGGAUAAACUGAGGAACGAGCAAGAGAAAAUGCAGAAGAGGAAGAAGAGGAAACUGGAGGAUGACCUCGAGGCAGGAGGGAGGAUGCUGCUGCAGAAUUCUGCAGCUGGCUCCAACAAGAUCCAGAUGGUUGCAGAUUCUUCAGGCAAAAACAAAGAACCAGGGAAGAAGAGGAAAGUAGAGGCUGACCCCAAGACAGGAGGGAGGAUGCUGCAGCAGAAUUCUGCAGCUGGCUCAGAGAAGAAACAGGUGGUGUUGGAUUCUUUAGGCAAAAACAAAGAACCAGACAUGUCACGCAUUUCAGAGGAGUGGAGACAAACCAUGACCAGAAUCUUUGAGCUGCUAACAGAGGAUCAGUACAAGAAGAUGCUGGAAUCUCUCAAGUAUUCUUCAACAACAAGAAAAACAGCCAAGUUUAGAAAUGAACUACCUCAAAAAAUAAUAGAGAGUUAUGGAUUAGAGGGGUCCAUCUAUCAAGUCAACAAAGCGAUGACAGAGAUACCGAGGAACGAUCCAGCUGUUCAAGGCCUGCUGAAGCCUUUUGUGGAUAAACUGAGGAACGAGCAAGAGAAAAUGCAGAAGA